CGGGCGGCGGCGCUGUGCGAGCCGGGACGCCGGAGGGGACGGCACGGGACGGAACGGACGGGACCGGACCGGAGAGCGGCGGGGCCGGGCCGGCACGGAGCGCGGAGGAGCGGAGCCGCCGUCGGGGCGCUGCCCGCGGGCGGCGCGGCGCCGAUGCGGGGCUGAGGAGCGGAGCCGCCCCCGCGGCAUGGGCGCCUGACGCCCGGUGCCGUCCCGCCGCCGAGGGACGAUGGCGCGGCCCCGCGGCGGGCGGUGGCUGCUGGGCGUGCUGCUCGCCCUGUGCCGCCUGGCCGCGCCGCUCGCCAAGAGCCUGGAGCCCGUCUCCUGGAGCGCCGGCAACCCCAAGUUCAUGACUGGGAAGGGACUGGUCAUCUACCCAGAGAUCGGGGACAAACUGGACAUUAUCUGCCCCAAGGCGGAGCCGUCCAAGCCUUACGAGUACUACAAGCUGUACCUGGUGAAGAAGGACCAGGCCGAUGCCUGCAGCACCGUCAUGGACCCCAACGUGCUGGUGACGUGCAACCGGCCCGAGCAGGAGAUCCGCUUCACGAUCAAGUUCCAGGAGUUCAGCCCCAACUACAUGGGCCUGGAGUUCAAGCGGCAGCAGGAUUACUUCAUCACAUCCACCUCUAACGGGACGCUGGAUGGCCUGGAGAACCGAGAGGGGGGGGUCUGCCAGACGCGCUCCAUGAAGAUCGUCAUGAAAGUGGGGCAGGAUCCGAAUGCGGUCAUCCCCGAGCAGCUGACGACGAGUCGGCCCAGCAAGGAGUCCGACAACACGGUGAAAAUCGUCACGCAGAGCCCGCGCCACAAGGUCCCCGCGGUGGAGGAGCCCGGCAAGCCAGGUUCCGUCAACCAAAAUGGCCAGGAAACCCAAGGUCCCAGCGACGGGUUCUUGAGCUCCAAGGUCGCCGUUUUUGCGGCGAUCGGCGCCGGCUGCGUCAUCUUCAUCCUCAUCAUCAUCUUCCUCGUCGUCCUCCUGAUCAAGAUCCGCAAGCGGCACCGGAAGCACACGCAGCAGCGGGCCGCAGCCUUGUCACUCAGCACCUUGGCCAGCCCCAAAUGCAGCGGGAACGCGGGCUCGGAGCCCAGCGACAUCAUCAUCCCCUUACGGACUACAGAGAACAACUACUGCCCGCACUACGAGAAGGUGAGCGGGGACUACGGGCACCCCGUCUACAUCGUCCAGGAGAUGCCCCCGCAGAGCCCAGCCAACAUUUACUACAAGGUGUGAGGAGCAGCCUGGGCACGCCGCCAAGCAGGGGAGCGCCGAGCGGCCGCCGGGUCCGGCUCCGGGGGAGGCAGCGACCCCGGCCCCGCGGCACGGCGCGGGGAGCGCAGGGGGCUGGCGCCCGGCAGCGCGCCGCUCGCUCGCGCGCCGCCUCUCCCCCUUUGUAUUUAGUUUUGUAGUUCUCAGCUUUUGUAAUCCCAGGACUUCGAGGGUGAGCCGCCAGCGUCCUCCUCUCCUGCUCCAGACUGCGGCCGGCCGGGGCGCGAGCCAAGCGCCCGCCGUGGCGGGCACCCUGCCUUUCCGCGCCCGCUCGGACACCGCCGGCGCCCCCGCAGACUCUGCCUCCCCUUUUAUGUUUUUGGGAUUUCCCCUCGUCACCUCCACGUCCUUGUGUUAAGUGCCCGUGCACCUGGUGCUGCAGCGGCCGCCGCUUCGGGCCCGGAGGGUCCCAGGAGCCCGGACGGACGCCGGGGCCGCGGAGAGGAGCUGGGGCCGACGAGGAGCGAGCGGCCUUGGGGGGAGGAGGAGGAUGCUUCGCCUAGGUGCCAAGAUGCAGAGAACUGUGCAGGGAGGAAGCUGGCAAACCCGAUUUACUACUACUACUAUUAUUAUUAUUAUAAUUAUUUUAAUUUUU